AUGCCCUUCUUCCGCCGCCCCAAAGGCCAGACUGAGGACGUCUCGGUCGCAAACAACACCACCGCCGAUAAUACCAACAUCGCAACCCACAACGACUAUACGGGCAACGAGGACAAAAGCAACGCCGAAGACAAGGUCGCGAACCCUUUGCGCGAUAGCCUUGCGAAGCAGGACGCCCCGAUGCCGAACCACGCUCGGCCCGGCUCCGGCUUUGGCAAGCUGGGGGACGAGGACUACGAGCUUCGCGAUGUGGACUCGUCGGCGUCGCGUGACCACUCCGGCAACGGUGUGCCCCGCAACCCGAAUGCCAUGGGGGGCGCCGACAACGACAGCGUGCUUGAGGGAACGGCGACCGAGUACCGCACGUAUAAGCGCCGCUGGUUCGGCCUAGCGCAGUUGACGCUGCUCAACAUCAUUGUGUCCUGGGAUUGGCUCACCUUCGCCCCUGUCGCCUCCAGCGCCGCGUCCUACUACGGCGUCUCCGAGUCCACCAUCAAUUGGCUCUCGACCGCCUUCCUCUUCUCGUUCGUCGUCAUCUUCCCCGUCGCGAUCCGCAUCCUCCACUGGGGCCCCAAGCCCUCCUUCAUGACGGCGGCUGCGCUGAUCCUCAUCGGCAACUGGGUCCGGUAUGCCGGCUCGCACGACAGCUCCGGGGGAAACUACGGCGUCGUCAUGUUCGGCCAGAUCCUCACGGGUCUCGGGCAGCCCUUCGUUCUGGCGGCGCCGACGAGGUACUCGGACCUUUGGUUCACCAACCGCGGCCGCGUCGCCGCCACGGCGCUGACGUCCCUCGCGAACCCCCUCGGCGCCGCACUCGGCCAGCUCAUUGUCCCCUUUUGGGUGACUUCCCCGAGCGAUAUGUCCUCGGGCGUGCUGUACGUGUCCGUCAUCUCGACCGUCGCGGCCCUCCCGGCUUUCUUUAUCCCCGCGCGCCCGCCGACCCCCGUGGCGCCUUCGUCGGAGACGAUCAAGCUUGGCAUCCGCGAGUCCGUCGGCAUCGUCUCGCGUUCCCUGGAGCUGUGGCUCGUCUUCAUCCCCUACGCCUUCUACGUCGGCUUCUUCAACUCCAUCUCCUCGCUGCUGAACCAGAUGAUGGUUCCCUACGGCUUCUCCGACGAGGAGGCCGGCAUCGCGGGCGCCCUGCUCAUCGUCGUCGGCCUCGUCGCGUCGGCCAUCACGUCCCCGAUCCUGGACCGCACAAAGAAGUUCCUGCUGGCCAUCAAGACGGCCGUCCCCAUCAUCGGGCUGUGCUACCUUGUCUUCAUCUGGAUGCCCGAGACCCGCAACAUCGCGGGGCCGUACGUCGUCCUCGCCGUCCUCGGCGCGUCGUCCUUCUCGCUCGUGCCCGUCGCUCUCGAGCUGCUCAUCGAGCUGAGCCACCCCGUCAGCCCCGAGAUCACGAGCACCAUCGCCUGGGCCGGCGGCCAGCUGCUCGGCGCCCUCUUCAUCAUCAUCUCGGACGCCCUGCAGGCGGACAGCAAGGCGGACCCGCCCAAGAACAUGAAGAACGUGCUCAUCUUCCAGGCCGUCAUCGCCAUGGCCAUCGUGCCGCUGCCGCUGUGCUUGGGCCUGUUUGGCCGGCGCGACAAGGUCAGCCUGCGGCGCGUCAGGUCCGACACGCAAGGGGUCCGGCAGGAGAACCCGUAG